AUGCUGGCGGUCGCGGCGCUCUGCGCGGCCGCGCUGGGCUGCGCGGCGGGGGCGCGGCUGCUCAGCGGACAGACAGUUUGCCGCCGUGGGACGCAGAAACCCUGCUACAAGAUCGUGUAUUUCCACGAUGCCUCCCGCAGGACCGGCUACGAGGAGGCUCAGCGGGCCUGCCGGGCUGAUGGGGGGCACCUGGUGAGCAUCGAGAGCCCCGCGGAGCAGAGGCUGAUCGAGAGCUUCAUCAGCAGCCUCCUGGCUGCCGAUGGAGACUUCUGGAUAGGGCUCAGGAGGAAAAAAGAUGAUGAUGAGGAGGAGGGCAACAGCACAGAGUGCCAGAGCUUCUACUCCUGGUCGGAUGGCAGCUCAGCCAAGUUCAGGAACUGGUACGUGGACGAGCCAUCCUGUGGGAGUGAGAUCUGCGUUGUGAUGUACCACCAGCCAUCUGCCCCGCCAGGUGUCGGGGGUCCUUACAUGUUUCAGUGGAACGACGACAGAUGCAACAUGAAAAAUAACUUCAUUUGCAAAUAUUCCCUGGAGAAGCCAACGAAUGCUCCAGUAGAGGAUCCUCACAGAGAUGUUGCCACAGAGCCCUUGAGCCCAGUGUUGCCAGGGGAACCCCGUAAGAGAGGUGUAAAUGUGACAGCUGUAGGAGCCAGAGAACCUGUUCAGAGCCUUGCCUACAUCCUUAUUCCCAGCAUUCCUGUGCUGCUGCUCCUGGUGGUCAUUACAGCCAUCUCCUGCUUUUGGCUUUUUGUGAGGAGGAGGGAGCAGCGAAUGGACACCAGCCCGAAGGAGGAGGAUGCCUGGCUGUCCAACCCCGGGGGGAACAGCCCCAGCCUGGACAUCUACAAAGUCAUCAACAAGCAGUCAGAAGCAGAUCUGGCUGGGGCCAGGCCUGGCACCAAGAAUUCCUCCUUCCAGGCACGGGAGCACAGGGAGCUGGGCAGGUCAGCCCCCGACACCUCGAGCUUUGUGACCGACAGUGGCUUUGUCACCAACGACAUCUACGAGCUCUGUGGGGACCGUGUGGGCAGGAGCAAGGAGUCCACCUGGGUGGACAAUGAGAUUUAUGGAUACUGAGCAGAUGGACCAAAAAAAACCC